CUUUCUAGGUUACGGAUAAUGUUGAAGAUCGAUGUGGAUCGUGCAUAAUUUCAGCAGAGAUUGUUAAUAUGAUGUGUCAUGUGUGACUUGAUUACGCUGUUAGUGUCAUCAAAAAUGUUAGAGACGUGGAAAUUACUGUUUGAAUUUGCCUAGUUUCCGGACAUGGCGAUUGUUGUAGCAGUGAUGAAGUGAAUAAUGUAAGAACAUUUGUGUAAACCAUCAUGUCUCGCACAUCUCAGUCGGCGAGUCGGGAUCAUGGAGUUGAGAGAAACGUCACUCCACACCAAAUGCUUGACAAACAAUAUGAGGACGACCUGGAGAAAGCCAUCGCCUUGAGUUUAGAAACCCAAAAACUUGAGGAUUUGAAACGGGGGAAGAGGGUGGAGCAGUUGAAAGGAAGAGGUAAAGAUGACCCGGAUAGUGCGUCAAGUGAGUGGCGACGUCAUAGUGCCGAAAUACCACCAACGUUUAACAUCCCUGCCCCGGGUCGACAGAAGGCUUACAAGGAUGACUCGGUAGCGGCAAAUGAACCUGACCUGAUGCUGUUCAGCUUCAACCACGUCAUGAAGAAUUACGAUGAGAAGAAGGAUGCGGAGAAAGCGCCACCUGUUCCUCCGCGAGGUUCAUCCCAGCCACCCGGUGUCUUCGGAGGAUCGCUGUCAACAGCAGGUCACUUGCGACCUUCUGUCACCCAUCAACCGAGCAAUUACCAGUUUCUGGCGACGACACAAGCCGGUGUGGCUAGGCCGACUUACACUCGCCAGUCCUCAUUCCCAAAUACUAGCACGCCAUUCCAGGUAGCGCGGCCCAGUACGGCAAUAAAAGCGGAAAGUUCCCAAUGGGUAGAUCCAUUGUUGACUCGAACAUUAUCUGGACCUGGAUUGCCGCAAACAAAACCCUCGCCUCCAAGUGCAGGUUUUGAAAUGCCAAAACCUGCCCUGUCACUACAAACGGGCACAACUUCUGCCAACUUCAACUCCGUGUUACAAAGUGGGCGCACUGCCAGCUCGCAACAAUGGCAAACCAAGAUGGCCACAAGUUACCACGACGAUACGCUAAUUGGAUCCAGUGCUUAUCGCGGCCACCGUCCAGUGACAAGCGGAAUCUCUUUUCCCAUCGGAAAGAAACGCACAUCUUUAGACAGUCCUUUCGUCGACAUGGCAAGCUUUUCCGGAAAUACUCGCACCUCCUUGUCCACGAGCCCCUCAACAACCAAAGGCUUCCUGAGCAGUGGCCUGUCGAGCUUGAAGGUCUCGGAGAGCAAUUCCAUGCGGCGAAUCAGCAGCAACCCCAACUUCCAGACGGGGAUUGCGCCUUUAUCGUCGUCAACAUCUGGCCAAGCGCAGGCUGUUCCGCAACUUUCAAAACAGGGAGCUGAAUCAGGACGUGUCUUGUUCAGUACAUCUCCCACCAACACCUCGGGUGUAAAGACACAACCACCAACAUGCCCCACUGCAACAACAAGCCAAGCAUCCAGCCUCCUAGAUGAAAUCUGGAAGAAGAAAUUUCCGCCCAAUUACUCCUCCGGGACGACAGACCGUAGCGAUCUCAUGGCAUUCAGCCCGCCAGCCACGAAGCAAGGCUCAAGCCCUGACACCAACGUCUUUGAUUUUAGAGAGUUUGAUCCGCUCCGACCAGCUCCUCCUGAGGUCGUCCCUCCAAAAGAAGCAGAGAGUGCACCUGUUACCACGGAAACAAACAAAGAAGGGGAGGAUGCAGUUUUCCGUGAAUCUGAGGAGAAAAGUGUGGCAGACGGAGAAAGGCCCAAAUCCACAGAGCAAAGCACUUCUCAAGUAGAUAGUCAGUCUGGGGGCGUUCGGGCACAUGCCACGCCCCCUCCCCGUCCUAAGAUGCCACCUAGACGUACCCAGUCCGACCAAGGUCCAGGAGCUGACGGUAAGCCAGAACUGAUAAGGAGACCCAAGAGUGUUGUUGCAGCUCGGCCGCUGUCUGGGGCUGAUAUAGCCAAGCCUGAACCAUGGAUGCCUGGGUCGACAUACACGCUGUCAACUGGAAGGAAAACUGAGGCUGCUCGAGUGUUCUUCGGUGAUGGACUUUUUGAUCUCGCAACCGAAAAAGACGAAGAAGCCUCUGCCUUUUCUGCAACAGUUGCCAGAAUUCGGAAUUGUUACAAUUACGAUGACCCGGUUACCAACCCAGGGUACAUCCACAGCCCGGUAUUCGUCAAUCACUGCCACGCUUAUAUGGAAACCAGUGUCAAAGUGGUACUCCUGCAGUCGGGUACCAACAAGCCAAUCGUCUUCACGUGUGACGUGAACAUCUACGUACAGCAUGUCAUCAGCCAAGCCCUGUGCCAUGAAGAGGUUUCGGAUAUCUCUAGCGACGUGUUUGUCUUGAAAGUGCCAGGCCUCGCAGAAUAUCUCCACAAUGAUGUGAAACUGAGUAGUUACGAGUACGUCCAAGAAUGUCUCAAGUUGGAUCAAGAUGUUAAACUGGUCUUGCUGCAUCGGGCCGAAAUGUGGAACAACCUUAGCAGAACGCUUGAAGAUGAUGAAAGUGAUAUUUCAAAGAUCAAUUUCUUGAGUUUGUUUGAGCGGCCUGUUACAACCGCUGUUUCCAAGAAGGGUCUUGAUGUGCUUCUGAGUGCUUUCACUGUUGAAGGGGACAAGAUCAAAGCAGCAGUCAAAUCUGGCACCCAGCCCAAAACAGGACCCCUCAUACAGACAGUCAAAGCCAUAUGCUUCACGCUGGCCACCGUGGAACCCAACGAGAUUUCCACAGCAAUACGCGAACUGCAAAAGUCGUCGGACCCCGAGGCUGUGUUCGAGAAAAUCACGGCGGCCGUGCUGCAGUUGGUUGACAUGUACUGUACGGCGUUUGACACCGACUUCAGGAAGGGUACCGAUGAUUCGGAGGAAUCCGUGCAGGACAUUACUGUGAAGGGUCAUAACUUGAGGGUUUGUGUUGCCUCCGCGCACAGAAUACCGAAUAAUGUGAAAAAUGCACAUGAGUUCUUUUCCAUCUCAGCUCAGCUGUAUUACGGAGGCAAUGCGCUUCAUUUCCCUAUCGACACCUGGCCUGCACGAAUCAAUAAUUCCUUCUUCGACAAGCUAGCUUGGAACCAGGAACUUGAGCUUCCUGUUCCAGUCAGUCAACUACCCAGAGAGGCCAGGCUGAUCUUCACUCUCUCUGGCCACGAUAACUCCAGUGCCGAUGCCCGCAACGUGGACAAAACCAUCUUGGGUUGGGUGGCCAUUUCAAUCUUCAACUUCCAAGGAGAGCUUCAGACUGGCAGUCACUUGCUCGGACUUUGGGCUGAUUCUUCCGUCAAUCCCAUCGGAACCUGCUCCUCAAAUCUACUCACCCAGACUAGCAUCAUACUUCAGAUAAACUUUGAGGAUACCAAACAUCGCUGCUUGUUCCCAGCCAUUCAAGCCCUGGAGGGUAAGGUGUAUGGCUUUGAUAUGUUGGAGCCUCACAACCAGCACCGAAUCAAGGAGAUCCUGGACAAAGACGCUCUCUCAUCUCUUAGCUCAGAUGAUGCCAAGUUCCUGUGGAGCAAGCGGCACUAUCUCCAUGACAACGCGUCAGCCUUGCCCCGCAUCCUGGAGGUUGCUCCUUCCUGGGACUGGGCCUGCCUGGCCGACAUCUACCCCCUGCUCAAGAACUGGAAACCAGUCAAGCCGGUGCAGACGCUGCAGCUACUUCACCCAAGGUUUGCCGAUAAGGAAGUGCGUUGCACAGCAGUCAAAUGGAUGCAGUGUAUUUCGGAUGAUGAGCUCUGCGACUACCUGCCACAGCUUGUUCAAGCUCUGAAGUAUGAGAGCUACCACGACUCAGCUCUUGCACGAUUCCUGAUUGAGAGGUCAAUACAGAGCAUCAGGGUCUCGCACUUCCUGUACUGGUGUUUGAAGGACAGUCUUCGUGAGCAGCAGUACAAGCAGCGGAUUGAGAUGAUCCUAGGAGCGUUACUCAGCGUCUGCUCUAAGGGUCUGAGGCAGCAGUUCAGGCUCCAAGAAGCUCUGAUUGAGAACCUCAACAGUAUCGCUGAGCAGGUGAAAUCGGCCAAGGAUGCGAGCAGGAUGUCGUUACUGCAUGGGGGCCUCGAAACCGUAGCCGCACAACUUGACGAUCACGUGCACGUCCCGACAAAUCCUUCACUGGAAGUCAAGGGGAUCAACGUACAGAAUUGUGCUUACUACAGCUCGUUCACCGUGCCGUUGAAGUUGGUUCUGUAUAACGCUGAUCCACUGGCUGACGAUGUGACUGUUAUGUUCAAGGCUGGUGAAGACAUGCGACAGGACAUGCUGACGAUGCAGAUGAUUCGCAUCAUGGAUAAACUCUGGCUGUCCGAGGGUCUGGAUCUGAGAAUGAUUACGUUCAGUUGCAUGGCAACGGGACCCAACAGAGGUUUGGUUGAGCUUGUUGAGGACUCAGAAACGAUGCGCAAGAUUCAAGUAGAGCACGGCCUGACCGGAUCAUUCAAGGACAAGCCCCUCGCCAUCUGGCUGCAAAAACACAACCCAACGGAGCUAGACUACCAAAAGGCGGUUGAGAAUUUCACUUUUUCCUGUGCCGGUUACUGCGUGGCAACUUAUGUUCUCGGUAUAGGUGACAGACACAAUGACAACAUCAUGGUGACAAGGACGGGCCACAUGUUCCACAUUGACUUCGGGAAGUUCCUUGGCAACGCACAAAUGUUUGGGAGCAUAAAGAGGGACCGUACCCCCUUUGUUUUGACGCCCGAGAUGGCUUACGUCAUCAAUGGUGGUGAGAAACAGAGCAGUAACUUCCAGAACUUUGUGGACUUGUGCUCAGCGGCUUUCAAUCUCGUCCGACAUCAUGCUGAUAUUUUCUUCAACCUUUUCGGCUUGAUGUUGAAUGCUGGCAUAAGCCAACUCUCCAAGCCUGAAGAUUUGAACCACGUACAGAAUGCCCUCAAACCCAAGGCUAGCGAUAUGGAAGCGACAACCAUGAUAACAAGGUUGAUUGAGGCAAGUCUAGGUUCCAAAUCCACCCAGAUCAACUUCUUCAUCCACAACUUGGCUCACCAUAGCUUCUCAGGAGCCAGCAGCCUGGAACUCUCCUUUGCGCCCAAGAGAUACACGAUGGCCAUGGAUGGUAAAAUAACCACUGCUUCAAUGUUUGGCAUUCAGAAGAGAUAUGAAGAUGGCAAAUACUAUGUGUAUAUCGUCAGCGUUCUGCGCGAGGGCUCCACCGUCCCUUCCUUCAUAUUCCGUCGCUACAGCGAGUUCAGUGAGUUUGCCCAGAAACUCGCCGUCAUCCAACCGCAGGCGCGCAUCUUCAAUCUGCGCUCCGGACCCCUGGUCGGCCGGACGCACGUCAAACAGGUCGCCGAGAAACGACGCAAUGAGCUGGACCUGUUCCUGAGACAUCUGUUUGUGCUCUCGCCGGAAGUCUCACAGUGUGAUCUUGUGUACACGUUCUUCCACCCUUCACUGAGAGACGAAAAGGAUGCCCACCUUGCGCACAAAAGCGUCAAAUUAAAGAAUACGCCUUUGUUUCCAACUGAGUCGGAUGAUCCUAUUACGACGGACACAACCGAGCCCUCGGUCGCACCUGGCGAGGUUUCGGGCCGGGUCCAGCUAGCCAUCCACUACCGCAACAACGCCUUGAUGAUCAUGGUCCGGCACGCCAAAGACCUUCUGGCUCUGGACAAAAGUGAACCGGACCCUUACAUCAAGACCUACCUUCUGCCGGACCCUCACAAACAGACCAAGAGGAAGACUAGGGUGCAGAAGAAGACGUCCAAUCCCACGUACAAUGAGAUGCUUGUGUACUACCUACCCUGGAACGAGGUCCUGAAACGCACCGUCCGCCUCACUGCCUGGGACUCGGACUAUUUGAAAGAGAACAACUUCCUUGGAGGGAUUGACAUCCCAAUAUCUAGCCUGGACUUGAGUGUGGAGAAAGUAUCCUGGUACAAGCUAGGUAACCUGCCCAAGGAGACCUAAAAACCAAGCUAGGGAGGUUUGUAAAACCUAGAUUCAUUCGAGCUUUGACUCACCUCCUGGGACUUGGACUAUCUCACAGAAAACAACUUCCUUGGAGGGAUUGACAUCCCCAUAUCUAGCCUGGACUCGAGUGUGGAGAAAUAGUCUGAUACAAGCUUGGUACAAAGCUUGACUAGUGAGACCUAAAAAACAGGCUAUGGAGGUUUGUGAAACCUGAGUUUCAUUCCAGCUUUGGCUUCAUUCAAUGUUUAACUUUCCUACAAGCUAGAAGACGAGGCCAGGGAGACGCAAGAACCAAACCUUUGGUUCAUGGUAGCUUUGGCCUCUGGUGAUGUGAAGCCCUGUUUUUGUUUU